ACCCUCACUCCUCUCUUUCCUCUGUUCUACUUUUCUCGGGCCACAACAAACACUUUUCGGUCAGCUUCUGCUCCAAUGGCGGUUCUUCCGACAUGGCUUUUAGCUAUGAUGUGUCUACUCUUCUUCGUUGGAGCAAUGGAGAACUCAACUCUCUCUAGAUCGGACGAAAACGAAUGGAACAAACACGCAGUGACGAAUCCAGAUGAAGUAGCGGACGAAGUUAUCGCCAUGGCUGAAAUGAGUGUAAGAAACCAUACCGAGAGGAGGAAGCUGGGUUACUUUACUUGCGGAACAGGCAACCCAAUCGAUGAUUGUUGGCGAUGCGAUCGCAAUUGGCACAAGAACCGCAAACGCCUAGCUGAUUGCGGAAUCGGAUUCGGAAGAAACGCGAUCGGCGGUCGCGACGGGCGUUUCUACGUAGUCACCGAUCCAAGAGACGACAAUCCGGUUAAUCCUAGACCGGGGACAUUACGUCACGCCGUGAUCCAAAACCGACCACUAUGGAUCGUUUUCAAACGCGAUAUGGUGAUUCAGUUAAAACAAGAGCUGAUCGUUAACAGCUUCAAAACGAUUGACGGACGCGGCGCAAACGUUCACAUCGCAAACGGCGGUUGCAUCACGAUUCAGUAUGUGACGAACGUGAUUGUUCACGGAUUGCAUAUUCAUGACUGUAGACCUACCGGUAACGCUAUGGUGAGAAGCUCAGAGACGCAUUUUGGGUGGAGAACGAUGGCCGAUGGUGACGCGAUUUCGAUCUUUGGAUCGAGUCAUGUUUGGAUUGAUCACAAUUCGUUGUCUCAUUGCGCUGAUGGGCUUGUGGAUGCAGUUAUGGGCUCUACGGCUAUUACCAUCUCCAACAACCACUUAACUCACCACAACGAGGUUAUGUUGCUCGGACAUAGUGAUUCUUACAUGAGGGAUAAAGCUAUGCAAGUUACCAUUGCUUAUAAUCAUUUUGGUGUCGGACUUAUUCAAAGAAUGCCGAGGUGUCGACACGGGUAUUUCCAUGUCGUGAACAACGAUUACACUCACUGGGAAAUGUACGCGAUCGGUGGAAGCGCAAGCCCGACAAUCAACAGUCAAGGAAACCGUUACGCCGCUCCGAAAAACCCCUUCGCUAAAGAGGUGACGAAGAGAGUGGACACACCGGCGAGUCAUUGGAAAGGAUGGAAUUGGAGAUCAGAAGGUGAUUUGCUUCAGAACGGAGCUUACUUCACUUCUUCAGGAGCCGCCGCCUCCGGUAGCUACGCACGUGCUUCUAGCCUCGCCGCUAAAUCCUCUUCAUUGGUCGCAACCAUUACUUCCGACGCCGGAGCUCUACCUUGUCGCAGAGGGCGUCAAUGUUCCUCAUAGUUGUUUUUAACCUCCUCCCCACCCCACCAUUACCACCAAAAUUCAAAACCAGCGUCCAUUAUAUUCAGACAAAAGUGUAUAUUUUCACACAUUUGUCAUUUCAAAGCCAAUUAUCUUUUUUUUUUUUUUUUGGGUGUGUGUUUGAGUCGAUUUUUCUCAACCUCGGGUUUGCUUGCUUUAACCGCAAGUUAAAACAAGAAAAGGGGAAAAAACCAACCUUUCAUGUAAAAGAGAAACUCCCGAAGUGUUGUUGGUUCUGUCUGAUCAACUCAGAUUGUUCUUCCUCUGUCUCUGUCAUCUACUCAGGAAAAACAAGAAUAUUAUGUCUUGUUCUUUCUUUUUUUUUUUUCGUAUUUCUUAAGGUUUAUAAUUUUUUUUCUUCUUUUUUGUUAAAGGGUUUUUUAAGGUUUAUAAUUUAAUAUAGAGUCUAAAUGAUUUGUGAAUCUAUCUACUUUUCUUUGUAUUUUCUUUUUUGGUUGGCUUGAUUUGUUAGCUUUAUUUUCCCAUGUGGUUGUAACCUGUCAUCAUUGUACUUUUUAGCUAUUGAAGCAAGCAACCAAUAGUUAU